UUGAAACAAACCAUCUAUAUAUUACAAUAUAUAUACCCACACGCCGAUAAGAGGGUGAAGUCAUCUCAACUCCCAAGAAAAGCAGAGAGCGAGAGCGACUAGAAACCCAACCUUCCUCUCCUCUCCUCUCCUCUCUCCGCCACAACAACCGCUAUGUCAUCGAAGGACUGCGGCCACCAUGGCCACAGCAAGCGACGGAAGAUAAUCCGCCGCUGCUGUGCCGGCCUCCUAAUCUUCAACUUCAUCCUCCUCGUCACAAUUCUCAUCGUGUGGGCUAUCCUCCAGCCUUCCAAGCCCCGCUUCGUCCUCCAAGACGUCACUGUCUUCAACUUCAACACCUCCGUCCCCAACGUCUUCUCCUCCAGCUUCCAGGUCACCAUCUCCUCCCGAAACCCUAACGACAAGCUCGGCAUCUACUACGACAAGCUUGACGUCUACGCCACGUACCGUUCGCAGCAGAUCACGUUCUCGACGCUCAUCCCGCCGGUGUACCAAGGCCACAAGGACGUCAACAUCUGGUCGCCGUUUAUCUACGGCACCGAGGUCCCCAUCGCACCGUACAACUCCAUCGCUCUCGGGCAGGACCAGAAUGCCGGGUCGGUUCUUAUGCUCAUCAAGAUAGACGGCCGGGUCAGGUUUAAAGUCGGCACCUUCAUAACCAGUCGGUACCAUUUGUACGUCCGGUGCCCUGCUUUUAUCCCUCUGGGUUCCCAGACCACCGGAGUUGUGGUCGGUAAUAACGCCGUCAAGUACCAGCUGGUGCAGCGCUGCAGUGUGAGCGUAUGAAGAAAUUGGAGGCAAAAAUUGAUGUUGCCCUUAAUUGUUGGUCCAACACCGUUAGUUGAGUUCCUUUUUCUCAUAUUUUUAUUUUAUUUUAGCUUUUUUUAAAUUCUGUCUUUUGUAUUUGGAUAAUUACAUAUAUACGUUGGGUUUGGAAUUGUACAUUUUGCUAUAGAAUAAGUAUGGAGGAUUUUAUGAAAUAGACGUAUAGCAAAAUUGCAGUCGGUGGUAAUUGAAUUUUAAGUUUUAUAAUUUUUAUAGUUGUAUUAAUAUAAUAUGAAAUCAAUAAUCCUGCAUUUUUUUUUUCC